AUGAUUGUUGAUAAUGAUCACUUUGACGUCAGUGUUCGUUUUGAAUGGUGUAGAGCAGAGGGACUGAAAUAUUUUUUCAACACAGAGAACGUACCAAACUUGGUCAAUGUGAUGUUUCAAGAAAGAACGUUUAAUCACGAAAACACCGGAUUGUCACCAUCACAAUGGUUGGAACGGGUUCUUGACGUAACGAAUUGUGAAUCUCUUCAAGAAGUUUUUCUCUGCGGAUCUCCAAAGCUAGAAGUGUGCAAUACUCUCGCUCUACUGACAAAAGUUUGUAAUUUAAACAUCAUGGAGGACUGUUCCGAUAGCUUUGCAAAAAAAGCUCUGGAAAUCGUCUCACCAGUUACCAGGGAGAUCGUAUUGUUCAAAAUUCCGUUUGAGACCAGAGAAGAGUUCCAAACUUUUCUGAAGAGCAAUUUAAACUAUUUGAAUAUUGAGACCAGCACUUUCCCGACGUUUAAAUUCACUCUUGAAGAUCUGAUGAUCACGAAUGCCCUUAAAUUGAAUCUUAAUAAUGGGAAAUUAAAUCUCAAAGAAAUUAAUCAAUUCUUCAGAAAUUGGAUGGAAAUAAAUGUGAUCCAAGACUGGAGCACUUGA